AUGUAUUUUACUGCUAAUUUAGCGGUGGAUGCCCGUUACUUUGAGAAAGUUGAAGAGCUGCGUGACCGCUACUCCCUUGAAGGUUUUGACAAUGUAGAAGAACUUGAAGCAAGCCCCAGAGAUGCACGAUUUCUGUAUCUUGACGAGGAGGAACUAGAAGGCAUUAAGUGGGUUGAUGAUGCCCGUGAUUUGCAUGAUGCUAUUGGACACAUUGAGGGAUGUGAAGUUGUGGGGCUUGAUAGUGAGUCCAAACCUAUUUACAAAAAAGGAAUGAAGCAGAAGGUUUGUAUUCUGCAAAUUUCUGCAGAAAAAAUGGUCUAUAUCUUAGACUUAAUAAAGUUGUUUGAAGAUGUACCAGAUGUUCUAGACAACUGUUUGUCUCGCCUAUUUCACUCCAGGAUUCUGAAGCUUGGUUAUGACUUUGAGAAUGAUAUGAUGCAACUUGCCAUAUCGUAUGAAGGUUUGAAAUGUUUCCAGCACUGUGAGAGGCUACUGGAUUUUCGAAAUUCAUCCCAUAAACGCGGUGGUCUGUCUGGUCUGGCAAAGAAAAUCUUGGGAGCAGAAAUAGACAAAACAAGACGAGUAAGCAACUGGGAGCAACGACCUUUAACUCAGAAGCAGCUAGAAUAUGCUGCUCUUGAUGCUGCUGUACUCUUGAAAAUAUAUGCACAUCUUCCGGAUCAAGCAGAGUUCAAAGUGCGGGACUGGACAUCAGGCAUUGAAAAGGGACAUCACCUGGACAAGCCACCAGAGCCGAUGAAUGGAUCAGCUUCAGGUUGGAUUAUCGCGCCUUCAGGUUGGGAGUCAUAGAAUUCUUCAUCCUUCAAGCUGGCGGUUACAUUUUCUUUAUCUGUACAAAACUCAGUUAGCUCACAAGAACAAAUAAACCGCAAUCUUGUGAUAAAUAUGUUCAAGCAGAUCUAUAACAAAUUUCUCUAGUUGUAUCUGAUAGUUUUGGAUUAUGAUUAUCCCAUCGUCAUUUUUUUGUAUUAGGACAGAUUAUUGCACAUUGAAAAUUAAAUCAAUAGCCAAUCCUCUAUAUCAACAGGAGGAACAAAUAGAAUCGAGAAGAUAAGAAAUUUAAGAAAAAUUGUGUGAAAAAAUUUGA